CGGCUGUACGACUUAAACAAAAAAAAAUAUAUUUAAAGAGUAUGGCCGCGCGGCUAUACUCGAUAUAUGUAGCCAAUUCUUAAAUUCUCAUUGGAGCUCUCCUUUGCCCCCACCUCGUCUGUCUUGGAGGAUAAUAUAAAGCAAACAAAAAAAGUUUAUAAAUAUCAUAGUCCACAUGCGUCCUCCUCGCUCCUCCAACUACAAAUUACAAGCAAUAUCAGUCAACACUGCACUACUCAACUUUCACACAAUGGAGGCUUCUUCCUCUUUGGUUGUUUUAGCCCUUGCAUUGCUAGCCGCUCUGGCCCUUCUCUCCAAAAUUCUAUUUCCCAAACGCCCAAAACUUCCACCAGGUCCAAAACCAUGGCCUAUAAUUGGCAACCUCAAUCUCCUUGGUCCUCUGCCUCAUCAAUCCCUUCACAAAUUGUCCCAAACUUAUGGACCAAUAAUGCAGCUUAAGUUUGGCUCCUACCCAGUUGUUGUUGCCUCAUCUCCAGAAAUGACAAAACAAUUUUUAAAGACACAUGAUCACAUCUUUGCAUCUAGGCCUCAAACUGCUGCAGGCAAGUACCUCACUUAUGACUACCUCAAUGUCACCUGGGCACCUUAUGGUCCAUAUUGGCGUCAAGGCCGCAAAAUUUUUCUCAUGGAGCUGUUUAGCCCCAAAAGACUAGAGUCUUUUCGAUACAUUCGGGUUGAGGAAAAUCGUGCUUUUGCUUCGCGACUCUAUGCCUUGUCGGGGAAGGCAGUUGUGCUCAAAGAGCAUCUGUCACGCCUAAGUCUUAGCAUUAUGAGCAGAAUUGUGUUGGGGAAGGAGUAUUUUAGCUUGACCGACUUCGAGAGUUCGAUAAUGUCACUCAAAGAAUUUCAGGACAUGUUAGAUGAGUUGUUCUUGCUUAAUGGGGUAUUCAAUAUAGGGGAUUGGAUACCAUGGCUUGAUUUUUUGGAUUUGCAAGGUUAUGUAAAGCGAAUGAAGGUCGUAAAGAAAAAAAUGGACUGGUUUUAUGAGUUUGUGCUCCAUGAACACAAGGCCAGGAAGGAAGGAGUGAAGGAGUUUGUGGCAAAGGACAUGGUGGAUUUACUAUUGCAGCUGGUUGAUGAUCCUAAUGAUCUUGAAGUUAAGCUCACCUAUGACAGUAUCAAGGCAUUCACUCAGGACGUGAUAGCUGGAGGCACUGAUACCUCUGCUUCCGUUUUGGAAUGGGCAAUGUCUGAGCUCAUAAAACAGCCAAACCUGAUCGAAAAGGCGACAGAAGAGCUUGACAGAGUGAUUGGGAAGGAGAGAUGGGUAGAAGAGAAAGACCUCGAAAACCUUCCUUAUAUGGAUGCAAUUAUGAAAGAGACCAUGAGGAAGCACCCUGCGGUUGUAAUGCUACCACCACAUCUAGCUCUUGAAGAUUGCAACGUGGCAGGUUAUGAUGUUCGUAAAGGGACUCUAGUGUUUGUGAACAUAUGGAGCAUGGGAAGAGACCCCACACUGUGGGAUGCACCAGAUGAGUUUAGGCCUGAGAGGUUCUUAGGGAAGGCAAUUGAUGUAAAGGGACAGAGUUUUGAGUUAUUGCCAUUUGGUUCUGGAAGGAGGAUGUGCCCUGGUUAUAGUCUUGGACUGAAAAUGAUAGGGUCUUGUUUGGCUAACAUGUUACAUGGGUUUAACUGGAAACUGCCAGAAAAUGUGAAAGUUGAAGAUUUGGGCAUGGAGGAGGUUUAUGGAUUGGUCACACCUCGGAAGUUCCCACUUGUUGUGGUCACAGAACCUCGGCUGCCAAUCCAUCUUUAUUAACUAUAUGUGAAUCUACGGCUUGCACCCAAGGUCCUAUGUUCGAAUCCCCUGCCAUCAACAUAUUGCCUGUAUCAGCAAUAGAAAAAAUAAAAUAAAAUAACUAUAUGUGAA